AUGGCAGAGGCCGAUGCAAGCGCAGCCGGGCCUUUGAACGAACCCAUCCCAGGUCUCAGCCCGUCCGCCUCGACUCCCACACCGACCCAAGCACAGCAAUCUUCGCCUGCCUUCGUCGCGCCCAGCGAUUACCUCCGCCCUCGUGAGAGAAGCCAUGUAUCCAAAUCACGGGGUCCGAUGAGUCCGCUCGACCAUGAGCAGCUUGAUGGCCUGCGAGCCAUCCGUGAAUUCCUCAAAGCUCGCACCAGCUACGAUGUCCUGCCCCUCAGUUACCGCCUCAUUGUCUUUGACACGGCCUUGUUGGUCAAGAAGAGUCUCAACAUCCUCAUUCAAAAUGGCAUUGUCUCCGCUCCUCUUUGGGACUCCAAGACCUCAACCUUCGCCGGCCUCUUGACCACCUCGGACUACAUCAAUGUCAUUCAAUACUACUGGCAGAAUCCCGAUGCCCUAGCACAGGUCGACCAGUUCCGCCUCAACAGUCUCCGUGACAUCGAAAAAGCCAUUGGCGUACAACCCAUCGAGACCGUCUCGGUACAUCCUCUCCAGUCCUUGUACACUGCAUGUCGUCGUAUGCUCGAGUCUCGCGCUCGUCGCAUCCCUCUUGUAGACGUCGAUGACGAGACACAGCGCGCCAUGAUAGUCAGUGUCCUUACUCAAUACCGUAUCCUCAAGUUCGUCGCCGUCAACGUCAAAGACACUCAAAAUCUGCGCAAGCCUCUGCGAGACAUUGACUGCGGGACUUACGGCAACCUGCAGACAGCCACUAUGGAAACUCCCGUCAUGGACGUGAUUCAUUUGCUUGUUAAGUACAGCAUAUCAAACGUCCCAAUUCUGGACAGCGAAGGUGGUGUUGUCAACGUUUUCGAAGCAGUCGAUGUCAUAUCACUCAUUAAGGGCGGUGUAUAUGACGAUCUGAACCUGACGGUCGGAGAGGCCUUGCUCAAGCGCUCUGAGGAAUUCCCUGGCAUCUUCACUUGUACUCUCAACGACCGCCUGGACUCCAUCUUCGACACAAUUCGAAAAUCACGCGUUCAUCGCUUCGUCGUGAUCGAUGAGGACAAAAAGCUCAAGGGUUUGCUGACUUUGAGUGAUAUCUUAGAAUAUGUACUUCUAGAGGGUGAAGGAGAUGAGUUAUGA